UGGCACAAAAACUGAGACUGAGUGAUUGCGUUUUGUGAGGAAAAUUAUAACUAUAAAAAAAGAAAAUUUCCCUCCUCCGUUUUCAGAGACUGGAAAAAUGAAUACAGAAAGACCUGUGCAACAAUAUUUUAGCCCUUACGCUUUUAACGGAGGGACUGUACUUGCCAUUGCUGGAGAGGAUUUUUCUGUCAUUGCAUCAGACACAAGGUUAAGUCAGGGCUUUUCCAUCCACACCAGGGAUAGUCCAAAGACUUACAAACUUACCAAUUCCACAGUUCUUGGCUGUGCUGGAUUUCAUGGUGAUUGCCUUACACUGACCAAACUCAUUACAGCAAGACUUCAGAUGUAUGAACAUGAGCAUGGAAGCAAAAUGAGUUGUCCAGCCAUUGCUCAGAUGUUAUCAACUGUUUUGUACUACAGACGCUUUUUUCCAUAUUACACUUACAAUAUUCUGGCAGGAUUGGACAAUGAAGGUAAAGGUUGUGUUUUCAGUUUUGAUCCAGUGGGUUCCUAUGAAAGAGAAAGUUACAGAGCUGGAGGUUCUGCUUCAGCUCUUCUACAGCCAUUACUUGACAAUCAGAUUGGUUUCAAAAACCAGCAAGGAGUAACUGAAGCUCCAUUGAGCAAAGAUAAAGCAGUUUUUCUGGUAAAGGAUGUAUUUACUGCUGCUGCUGAGAGAGAUAUCUACACUGGAGAUGCAGUAAUUAUCAGUGUUAUCACUAAAGAUGGCGUAACACAAGAAGCCUUUCCACUGAGAAGAGAUUAAUGAUUGUUGUAGUACACAUUUUUUUGUGCGAGUCAGCUUGUGUCUAAAAGUGUACUGUAGAUAUGAGCUUUUUAUCUUUUCGGCUCUCUAUAUUACACUUGAUUCAGUGCACUGGUAGAUGCGCUUGUUGUGUGCUCUUAAAUGCUAAAAGAAAAACAUGGUAUGAUCUCACUAUGUCCUAGGAAUAGCUCGUUACUUAUGGCAGACAAGGCUCAACCGUCUCCUCUGUGUAAAACUGGUGGACAAUAAAAUCACAACUUUUCUGCAAA